CAUGAUAAUCGCACUACAAAAAUCCAAGGUCAUGGCGUUUAAAGGAAAGUGGCCAGUUAGAUCCAAGAUAGUGCUUGAGAACCAAAUUUUGGAACAAGUUAAAUGCUUCAAUUACUUGGCAUGCCGUAUCUCAUUUGACAGAGAAGAUGAUGUAAGUGAGAAAUUGACAAAAUUCAGUGCUGUGUGUGGUGCAAUACGUAGAACAAUAGGGAAGAAAACAAGACAAGCCACUCAGAUGAAGUUCUACAGACUAAUGGCUGUACCAAUAAUAGCUUAUGGAAGCGAAGCCUGGGUGUCGAUGAAAAAAACUGAGUCACGUAUCCAAGCAGCCGAAAUGAGGUUCCUUCGAGCAGUCAAAGGUUACACUAAGUUGGACUACAUAAGAAACGAAGUAAUAAGAACCGAACUGAAUGUAGAGUCUUUAUUGCAAAUAUUGAAGAAAAGUAGGGAAGACUGGUCCAGCCAUCUACUUCGUAUGCCAGCAAAUAGACUUCCAAUUCAAGCUUGGCACUACAAACCCGAUGGGAGAAGAGGCGUCGGACGACCGAUGAAGAAAUGGAUGCCGGAACAGGCCAACAGAGCCUAAUCCUUGAAUGACGAUGAUGAUGAUGAUGAUGAUGAUGAUGAUGAUGAUGAUGAUGAUGAUGAUGA